AUGCAAACAACGAUUUCUUAUUCACGACUGUCCUACAUUUGGAGUCCUCUGUUGUGGAGUGGAGAAGAGCUUGCGCAUGAAGUUGUCAUCCAGUCCUCGCUAACUAUCAUGGCAGCAGCUGGCACUGUUGGGAACGAUUAUGUACACCAUUUUUGGGGCGAAAAACACCAUGGAUUUCAUGUUUUAUACGAGAAUAUGAAGCAUGGAGAAGAAUCAGUAAACGAAAUAGGUCAUUUUAUUAAAGAACGUCUGGCUAUGGAGGAAGAGUACGGGAAAAUGUUUGCAAAGAGCAUAAAUCGAGACCUUGCAAAAGAAGUCGCCAAGUAUAAAGAAAGUCUUGCACGAGCGCGCAAAGAUGCAAAACAACAAGACAUUAUCGACGCGGUGAAUCUUAUGCAAACUACAACCACAUGUCUGCAGAAGGUAGAGUCGAAAAUGUUGAAGUCUAGAGAAGAGUACCGCUCAUAUGUCGAGAAGUACGAAUUAGUGCGUCUAAAUUUUGAGGAGAAAAUGGAGCGAGCCUGUAAAAUGUUCCAGUCACAUGACAGGUCGCACUUCGCUGCACUUCAACAAUUCUUAAUUAUGUAUGCAGUACAUCAACAAGAAGCGACUACUGCUGCCCAACAAGUGUCUGGUCAGUUCCGCGAAUCUUUGCAAAUGUUGAACGUGGACGAAAUGAUGGCACGAUUCGUCCAUGAGAAAGGCACCGGGUCUGAAAGACCACAAGCAGCUGUAUUCGAGGAACCGUCGGAAACAUAUGCAAUUCUUGAUGAAGAUGUGCAUCGUCUUCAAAUUGGCUCCAUACCGUCUUUGAGCAAUGGUUCGGAGAUUAUCAGUUUAAAUCCUACUAUUCCUACUGCGGACGAAUUACUGUCUUUAGAACAGUUAAAUGCUUGUACCGGGAGUAGGGAGACUUUCAAAGCUCAAAUUUGUUUUGUCUAUCCGCUACUUAUUGAGCCUCAUCCUGAUUUACAGUGUCGAUCAGAUUACAAAGGUGUUUUCAGUACCGAUGAUGUGCACAGUACGACAAGUAGUACUAAAAGCGAUGACAAACGCACCAACGGCUCAGUUAACCUCCUUGAUUUACCUCUAGCUCCACCUCCACCAGCCAGCGUUGACGAUGAAGGUUAUACGAUAAGAGAAAAAGAAAAUGACAAAGAGGAUACAAAUUGGUCAUCAUGUAGUAGCAGUGAUGAGGACGAGAAUACACUACAACGUUCGAAAAUACGAAGUUUAACGAUAAGACCGGUGGAUUCAACACGGCCUCUAAAUGCGUCAGUGGAUGAAUUACGCGAUGCUAUAGGGCAUAUUAAGUCAGAGUUCGGUCGAAGCAAUGCUCCUCUGAAUUUUUCUGCUUCUAUGGGUCCUGUAACUGGUAUAGCGCGAGCACGACCGCGAAGCAACACUCCCACUUAUAAUUCUGCUUUUGGUGUGAGCAAUGUUUUGCAGAAGGCCACCAUUAGUGAACAUCGUGUGCCAAUUGCAAUGGCGAUCAACGAAUAUUCUCACGUUUGGUUUAAAAGUGCCAAUGUGAAUGAGCGUGUAACAAGGACGUUUGGAACAGUACUGAUCUCAUUUCCUGCCUCAUCACUUCCCUUACUAACCGAUAUGCAUUCUGAUAUUGAACCACUUCAGUUUACUCUCAUUGACGCUGAAAUGGUGAAAUCGGUCCUUCCUAAUAAACAACUUCUACUUCCGCGCUCUGUACGGUCACAGCAUGAUCCAAACUACUGUUACCAACUCGAUCGUCUUGGGUUAGCUAAUUGGUUACUUACACAGCACAAAGAGAAGCCAGCAGCAGCAUUUUUCAAUGCCGAGCUCGUAAGAGGAGCUGUGUCGGACUGCCAACGUCGAAGUGCAGCCCCAACGGAUAGGAUUAUUGGUGAUGUGCUAGAGGGAAAGGUAGUUCGGUACGAACUUUGCGAUGAUGAACGAGUAACCCAACCACCUCUGUUGAUGACAACUUACUGGAAGUGUGAGGAAGACCAUACAGAUGUUCGAAUAGACUACCACUUGAAUACUGAAUGUUCAAUAACGGCACCAUUAUUGAAUUUGACUUUCAACACAAAAUUAUCCGGAAACGUAAACAAUGUAACAUCUGAACCUCCUGCGAUUUGGUCUGCUGAAAAUAGUUCAUUAACCUGGAUAGUGACUGAGUUAUCAAGAUACGGUGAUUGUGCCGGUUCACUUAAGGCAAGGGCGCAUCUGGCCUCUGACGGGCCAUCUAACGCAGCUCAUGCGCAUGUUCAAUUUCAGUGCUCAGACGCCACGAUUUCUGGUGUGAACGUCGCACUUAUGUCUUCGGAUACAUAUCACAUUUCAAUGGUACGACGUAAAGUGAUGGCUGGAAAGUAUUUUUGUGAACCUGAGAUCAGGAAGUAA